AUGAAGCCGUCGCUGCGUCUCGUCGGGCGUCUUGCGCUCCUCCUUUUCCGCCUCGUCGACGCGCACAACCGCCCCGACUUUGCCACCUCGGAAGCUGGCAACCCCUUUGUCGACGGCUUCUACGCCGACCCGGACAACGAGUUCUACAACAAUCAGUACUGGGUCUAUCCGACCUCGUCCCUCCCCUACGACCAGCAGACGUACCUCGACGCUUUUUCCUCGCCCGACCUCGUCCACUGGACCAGGCACGCCGACGUGCUCGUCGCGUCCGACUUUGCAUGGGCCCGCCGCGCGGUCUGGGCGCCCGCCCCCGUCUCCCGCCACGGCAAGUACUACCUCUACUUUGGGGCCAACGACAUCCAGUCCGACUCGGAGCUGGGCGGCAUCGGGGUCGGCAUCGCGGACCGUCCGGAGGGCCCGUACCGCGAUGCGCUCGGUAAGCCCCUCAUAGGGCAGUACCACCACGGCGCGCAGCCCAUCGACCAGGACGUCUUUAUCGACGACGACGACGGCCAGGCCUACAUCUACUACGGGGGUCACGGGCACGCCAACGUGGCCAAGCUGAACCCCGACAUGGUCAGCCUAGGCAGCUUUGACGACGGCGCCACGUAUAAGGAGAUUACGCCGGACAACUACGUCGAGGGCCCGCAGAUGGUGAAGCGCAACGGCACCUACUACCUGUUUUGGAGCGAGGGCGGCUGGGGCGGCCCCGACUACGCCGUCUCGUACGCCAUGUCUGCCUCACCGACCGGGCCGUUUGCGCGUCUCGGCAAGAUCCUGCAGCAGGACGGCGCCGUGGCAAGCGGCUGCGGGCACAACGGGGUGAUUCACGUGCCCGGAACGGACAUUUACUACAUAGUCUACCAUCGGCAUCCGCUGGGCCGCAACGUCGACGCCAACAACAGACACCUGGCGUACGACCGGCUGCAUUUCAACGAAGACGGCACCAUCCAGCCGGUCCGGAUGCUGGUCCACGACAACUUUGACGACGGCAACAUGAUUGGGUGGACUGUCUACGGCGGAACCUGGGACGCCAGCUCCACCGCUCUCAGGGCGAGCAACACCCCUAGCGGGAUAGCCAUGCUUAACACCAACUUUGGGGACUUGCUCUUUACGGCUGACGUGACGAUUCCGUCGCGCAACGACGGCUACGCGGUGCUGGUCUUUAGAGCGUCGAACCCCGGGGGGGCAGUGGCGGGGGCGGCCGCGUGCAGCGGGUACUACGCCGGCAUCAGCACCAGCGGGAAGCUCGUCUUGGGGAAAGCAUCGGGUGGCUCUUGGACGCGACUCGGGGCGGUCGCGGCGGACAUCCGCCCCGGGCAGCGGUAUCAGGUGAGGGUGGUGGCCAAGAAGAACGCAAUCAGCGCGUUUGCGGGGGACUCGACAAUGGCGCAGAUUCACAUUUCGGACGGGACGUACGAGAGCGGCAUGAACGGCCUAGGCGUGUACCAGACCGACGCGGCGUUUGACAACGUCAAGGUGGAGCAUUUCCAAUAG